UACCCCAAGGAGGACAAGGAGAACCGGAUCCUGCUCUACGCCUGCCGCAACUGCGACUACCAACAAGAGGCCGACAACAGCUGCAUCUACGUCAACAAGAUCACCCACGAAGUCGACGAGCUCACGCAGAUCAUCGCCGACGUCUCCCAGGACCCCACGCUGCCCCGCACCGAGGACCACCCCUGCCAGAAGUGA